CGUACCAGCUGCCAAGGACUGUGGUCAGUUUAUCGCCAAGAAGUUAAAACCGAUGGUAGGCAUGAAGCCAAUCGACUUUUUGCUGUUUUCUUGUAUUUUAGGUAUCGUCAAGGGAACUCAGUCUGCUCCCAAUUCAACAUGGUGGCCAUGCGAAUCUCUCAGUCCAUACCAAAAUCUGCAGCUGGAACAGGUUCUCGGGCAGUGGUACUUAGUGGAGACGAUAUCGUCUCUACCUGGGCGUGUAGACACAUGUGCCGGUAUAGAGCUCAUCCGUCCAGAUGCUGAUUCCUGGAGCAACUUGAUUAUGGUUGGUCAAGAAUCUUCAAACGGAAGACCUAUCGUCUACGAGAAUCAUACAAUAGUCAUACCAGACUCUGUGAACAGUCCGAGCCUCUGGGAUCAACCAGAUAUCGAUGCCGCUGUAAUGGUAGUGGACGUUGGUCCAGCCAAUGACACUUUGGCGCUUACAACCUGCCAGCGUUUUUUGGGAUACGACUGGACAGGAGUGUUCAGCCGGGACAUGAACUUGGACCAGAUUGUUCUGAGCCUCGUGAACGAACGCCUGAGUAACGCUGGGCUGAGGAACAGCGACUCCGCAGUUGUCUCCAACACUACAGGAUGUCCAGUCCCCGUACAGACAACGUAGGUGUGAACUGGAAUUAUUCAACCCACAGCGGCGAAUAUUCAUAAUAUAGACUUGCUACAAUGUGUAAUCUGGUAGGUUGGUAUAAACGUUUCUGUGGAUCACAUUGCCUCUACUACAUACUCAAUGCAUCUACUUUAAAAUAUAUACUUAAAUAUACUUAAAAAUAUUUAAAAAAGAUAAAACUAUCCCUGUAACAGGCAGUGGAGU